CCCACCUCGGCACUUACAUACGGUACACCUUCGCAUUCGUUAACGAAAAGGAAAUAAAGUUGUACACCUGUAUUAGUUGGAAUACGUACACAAUUCUCAAUGACGAAUUAGGCGUUUUUAUUUGAUCCUCUGGCCACAUCGUAUCCCCAUGAGUGAGAAAAUCAUUGAAGCAGAGGGAAUAAUCGCCAGUGGAUAGAAUUAUGUUGUAAAAUUGUGUUUUGGUGUUAUCGUGCUACAUUCCUCUUGCAGAAGAUUAACAAAUUAACAAUUAGCGAGAGGGCGAAGUCGAGGUGUUGAACUAAAGAAUUGUUUGUCCGAUGAUAUGGGUCACAGGUGAUGAGUGUAUACCAUUUGCCAACGUCGUCCCUCCCAUUCACGAGUAAACUAAACAUUAACGAUAUAUUGAUAUCGGCGUUUGAGUCGAGUAUACGACGUGGGAAGGGAAUAUUCCACAGCAAAACCAUAUCCACCGACGAGCUGGCUCUACUAGGGAAGCUGGAAGAGGCUAACAGGCUGAUCGAGGAAGAUGUGAAAUCGUGUAAUUCCCUCCAGACCCACAGCCGCAAGAAUUCCGAAACCUCGAGAGACACCGGGUCAUCAGGAGACGGCGAUAAUGACUCGCCCUCGAAGCACGAGACCCCGACCGACGGUGAAGUGGAUGUAUGGAAGAGAUGGGGCCAUAUCGUAGCAGACUGGGACAAUUACUCCAAGAAGCACAAGGACUUGAUCAAGGAGCUCGUGAAACAAGGCAUUCCCCACCACUUCAGGGGCAUCGUCUGGCAACUGCUAUGCGGAGCCCACGAUUCCCCAGUGAAGAAGCAAUUCGCUGAGUACAUCAAGGCCACGUCAGCCUGCGAGAGGAUAAUCCGUCGAGACAUAGCACGUACAUAUCCCGAGCAUGAAUUCUUCAAGGAGAAGGAUGGAUUGGGUCAGGAGAGCCUCUUCAACGUCAUGAAGGCGUACAGCCUUCACGAUCGUGAAGUGGGUUACUGCCAAGGCUCAGGCUUCAUCGUAGGACUGUUACUAAUGCAACAGAUGCCAGAAGAGGAGGCCUUCGCAGUUCUCGUUGCCCUCAUGCAGGAAUACCGUCUCCGCGACAUGUUCAAACCCAGCAUGGCUGAACUGGGUGUCUGCAUGUAUCAGCUGGAACACUUGGUAGCUGACACAUACCCAGACUUAUCCGCUCACUUCACUGCUCAGAGUUUCCACACCUCGAUGUACGCCUCCUCCUGGUUCCUCACGUUAUUCACCACUGCCUUGAGUCUCCCCCUAGCCUGUCGCAUCUUCGACGUCUUCCUGAUGGAGGGAAUGGAGAUAAUCUUCAAGGUGGCCCUAGCGAUGCUGGAACUGGGACGCGAGGAGUUGCUCAGCCUCGAUAUGGAGGGAAUGCUCAAGUUCUUCCAGAAGGAACUCCCUGGCAGAGCUGAGAAGGACCCUGCGGCCCUUCUUAAUCUCGCCUACAGACUCAAGAUAAACCCAAAACGCAUGAAGAAACUGGAGAAGGACUACACAGUCCUCAAGAUGAAGGAGCAGGAGGAAAUGGUAGAGCUUCGUCGUCUUCGAGCUGAGAAUCGUCUCCUGCGUCAGAGAACGGAAUUAUUGGAAGCUGAGUCUGCAGAGUUGGCUGAUCGUCUGGUGAAGGGUCAGGUCUCCAGGGCGGAGGAGGAGGAGACGACGUUUGUGGUGCAGAGGGAACUGGCAGCUCUUCGACAUUCCCAUUUAGAGACUUCCCAUCAGCUUGAGCAGGCUCACGAGGAGUUGAGGUCCUUGUCAAUGCUCCUAGAAGAGAACAUGUCUUCCAAGCAAUCGUCGAUCGACGAGAUCAUGUCUAAACAAGAGGCUUUGAGCCAAAAAGAGGAGAUGGUGGAGUGCCUCCAGCAGGAACUGGUCAGGGUGAGGCUCCACGAGGCCGAGAACGACGCCACCAUCAGGGAACUGAGGAAGAGAAUCCAAGAGCUGGAGCAGGACAAGAAGACUUUGAGGGAAUCGACCCCCGAUAAUUCUGUGGCUCAUCUCCAGGAAGAGCUCAUUGCUGUUAAACUUAGAGAGGCGGAGGCCAACUUGUCCCUGAAGGAUUUGAAGCAGAGGGUGAGCGAGUUGAGCACCGCCUGGCAACGACAUCUCCAGGAGCACAGGUCUGCACAAUCAGCUCCUGCAGCAGACUCAACUCCCAAGAAGCUGUUGUUCUGGGAGAACAGGGGCCAUGAAGUGCAGAAACUCGAGGAGGAUCUCAUGUCAACCAGGGUCAGGGAGAUGGUGGUACUUAGUGAGGUGAAGGAGUUGAGGCUCAAGGUGAUGGAGCUGGAGACGCAGGUCCAGGUGGCCACUAAUCAGCUGAGGAGGCAGGACGAGGGGGAGAAGGCUCUUAGGGAGGAAGUCGAGGCUGCUCUUGUCAGGGAGAAGGAGCUGGCUAGCAAAUUGAGGGAACAGGUGCACAAGUACUCGGAUCUUGAGAGCAAGAUGAAGGAUGAUGCGAUGAUGGCGAGAAUCAGGGAUGCUGAACAUGCACAGCAUGUUGCUGAAUUGACGCAGAAGAUUUCUUUGCUCCAGUUGAAGAAUGAAGAAAUGUACGCAGAAGGUGAACUAAGAAAUAAUCUUGACGACAGUGAACGAGUGCGAGAUUUGCAGGACAAAGUCGCUGAAUUAAAAGCUGAGAUCUUGAGAUUGAGAAACAGCAAACGCCAAUGGACAGGCUCAAGUGAUAAAAAUUUCACAAUCGACACUGAGAGUGAAAUUGACGAUUUACGUAUCUGCUUACAAGACCAAAUGACGAAUUCAACAUCAUCAAGUUCAUCGAGACUCUAGCAUACCGAAGAGCUUGCAUCGAUAGAUCCACGAAUGGGUGUACCAUCGAUGCGAGCUAUAAAUACUUAUUAAAUUAAUUAACUUAAAUUUAUAGGCGUAUGUAUAUGGCACAAUACAAAGUAUUGCAUUAUUGCAUUUUAGUAUUAGAUGCUCUGCUUUUAAUAACUGAAUUCUUUAUAAGAAAAUUGAAUAAGUGAUAGGGAGUAUUAUAACGAUUGAGCAAAUGACGAUAGUGGAUUUAUAUGAAUUAUCAGUUUCUGUGAGACAGAUAAACGAUUUAUAGUGUUUUAGAUUGUUUUCAUAUGAUGAAACAUUCAAACUGUUGGUCCAUUGUUACUUCAAAUGAUGUUAUUGACUUUAUUAUUUUUUUCAGAUUUUUUUUUUAUUUUAAUAAUACGAUAACUGUAAGACAGUUGGAUUAUCCUAUUUUAAGGGGCCAAUCGUAGGAAAAUUGCGGAGUUGAUCAUUGUUUCUUCAUGUAGUGUUCGAAUUAUUUAUUAAGGUAAUAGUUGAUGUAUUGUGCACACGUGCAAUUCCUGUUGUGGAUGCAAUUACUGAUGGGGAGAUACCAGUUUUGAAGAUCAUUUGAAUUUUUCCAUGGGAUUUUAAUUUUCUGGCAGCUUUUUUUCAUUAUCUGACAUUUAUACUUCGUAUUUUGUGGGAAAUGUUAUUUUCUUCUUGUAAAUCAUUCAAUUGAAUUAGGGAGAACUCUGGGAAUUUGUGAAUAGUGAAUCGAAACUGGUGCACUUACAUUACAAUGAACAAUUUUAUAUAAUUUUUUCUAAUGUUUUCAAUAAGAGCAUGUGUACAUCAACACCAAAUAAACGAAGACAUUAAUUAUCUGCAAUAUUAGAAACCACUGAACACGAUCUGUAGAAGUGUGUAAUUCCAUAUGAAAUAUACUAGAUGGCAGUGAGCAAACAAAAAAAUCCAGCAACCAUUUUUUUAUAUAUUUUUUUCUUCUUCGUUGUCCUCAGGGGGAGGGUGACGGAUACAAUUGCAGAAUAAAAAAUGUACGGAUAUCGUUUCAUGUCAAUAGUACUCACUCCAUCUCUAACUCUUGGAUCUGGAAGAAAGUAAUAAAAGUGAUUAAUCAUUAAA